UGGCUCUAGCUCUAAUGUUCCUGAGAGCAUUCCAGAACACUGUAGAGAAGGAGUUCUGCUGUGGCUUCUGGAAUCGAGCUGGCAGAGGGCGUCCUAUGGAAAGCAACGUCUAAGAGGGACUUGUAAAUUACACAUCAAUCCAUCGGUCAUAAAUGGGCUCAGAAACUACUUGUUCAUUUCAGAAUAGGCUUUAUCCCUUUAGAAAAGCCUGUUGUCCAUGUGCUUUGCACACGCUCUUUGGAUGCAAUCAGGGAGGCCAGUUACUUCACUUGCCAAUUACUCGGGCAGAUUGCUGAAUUUCUGAUGCCAAUCACUGAAUCACAACAGCUGACCCAAUGACCACUUAUCAGUUCUGUCAUCUUCUCCUUCCAGAUCGUUCUCUGGGGCCGGACUGAGAAAUGCCUGAAGGAGACGACAGAGGAGAUUCGGCAGAUGGGCACCGAGUGCCACUACUUCAUCUGUGACGUGGGCAACCGGGAGGAGGUAUACCAGACGGCCAAAGCUGUCCGGGAGAAGGUGGGCGAUAUCACCAUCCUGGUGAACAAUGCUGCCGUGGUCCACGGGAAAAGCCUCAUGGACAGUGACGAUGACGCCCUUCUCAAGUCACAGCACAUCAACACCCUGGGCCAGUUCUGGACCACCAAGGCCUUCUUGCCGCGGAUGCUGGAGCUGCAGAACGGCCACAUCGUGUGUCUCAACUCCGUGCUGGCACUCUCCGCCAUUCCCGGCGCCAUCGACUACUGCACGUCCAAAGCCUCGGCCUUCGCCUUCAUGGAGAGCCUCACCCUGGGGCUGCUGGACUGUCCUGGAGUCAGCGCCACCACCGUGCUGCCCUUCCACACGAGCACCGAGAUGUUCCAGGGCAUGAGGGUCAGCCACAACAGCUACUUUAUAAACGCAGCUGCAUUUGACCCUCAGCAGCCCCGUGAGAGCGCUCUUGUUCCCAUUUCACAGACGUGGGAACUGAGGCUCAGAGGAGCGAAGUUACUUGCCCAGGGCCACACAGAGGGAAAUCGGCUGAACAUGCUUCUUCCACAAGUCUGGGCUGCCUCCGUGGGGGUUCCCCAACCUCUUCCCGCCGCUGAAGCCGGAGACGGUGGCCCGGAGGACGGUGGAAGCCGUGCAGCUCAAUCAGGCCCUGCUCCUCCUCCCGUGGACCAUGCAUGCCCUCAUUAUCUUGAAAAGCAUACUCCCACAGGCCGCACUGGAGGAGAUCUACAAAUUCUCAGGAACCUACACCUGCAUGAACACUUUCAAAGGGCGGACAUAAAGGCCGGACGCAGAGACACGCUCGCAAGCCACGGAACCUGAGGGGGCCGCGGUGCUGGGCACACACCCACGCGCCUGUCCCUUGGCACACUUCUGCUGGGUGAGCAGGACUGCUCCUGGCCCCAGGAAGCAUCCGGGUGCCCCCCCCAGGCCAGCCCCAGGACCUUUGCACAGGACUGACGGGUGUAACUCUGACCCCCAUGGGGAGGCGAGAAACCAGCCAGCAGCCACCUUGACACUUUGAUACAUUUCUAAUUCUGUAGAGUUUAUUGUUAAAUUGCUUCUCGAGUCUAACCAGCCUUAGCAGUGUGCCUAGACUGUUGCCAGGAGGGUCUAUACCCAGAUGCUCUCUUCUUUCCGAAAUCCACCCAUCCUCAGCUUGUGCAAACUGGUUGAAUGGCAGGAAUGAAAAAUAAAGAGAUGGUUUUUGUGA